AUGUCGAAAAUCCAGCCUGUCAUCUCCAUCCCUCAAGGAGAAGCACUACAAGCGGUCAGGCUCAUAAACCCCGUCAAUUUCGGGCCUGCAGUCAUCAAGCGAUUCAUGGAACCUUCCGUCCCGGGUCUUGAAACAUUCAGAUCGAGCCCUUCCCUCUCUUUUCUCCUCGAACAUCACUCGGGAAGAAAGCUGGUCUUUGAUCUUGGCAUCCGCAAAGACUACGAGAACUACUCUCCCACAAUCGCCAAGUACAUUCCUACGACCAAUUACGAGAUUGAGGUAGCGGGAAAUGUGGCAGACAUACUGCAAGACAAUGGCGUGUCCCUCGGAGAUAUUGAAGCCGUAAUCUGGAGCCAUUGGCAUUGGGAUCACAUAGGUGACCCUUCAACAUUUCCAGCCACUACAGACUUGGUAGUCGGACCUGGCUUCAAGAAGGCGAUGCUUCCGGGUGCUCCCUCAAACCCAGAGUCACCCAUCCUGGAGAGCGACUAUGAGGGCCGAAAUCUUCGUGAGAUUACCUUUGAUCAUGAUUCACCGAAAAUCGGCCAGUUUCCCGCCUUUGACUACUUCGGCGACGGCUCUUUUUACCUUCUCGAUAGCCCUGGGCAUGCUGUAGGACAUCUUUGCGGCCUUGCUAGAACAACUGACAAUCCGCCUACGUUUGUGCUCUUGGGCGGGGAUAUUUGCCACUACGCGGGCAUUUUUAGACCAUCUAGCUAUCUCCCUGUCCCUGAUCGUAUCACCCCUCAUCCCUGUCAUGCAACUAAGGAUACUGUCUUGUGCCCCGGAGAAGCUUUCGACAGGUUGCAAAAGUCACGCGGAAGAACAUCGACCGAUAGCCUGUUCGACUUGACGUUUGGCCAAGAUAUCGAACUUGCAAGGAGGACGACUGGCCAGCUGCAGGAGCUUGACUGUGAUCAAGACAUCUUUGUCAUCAUAGCUCAUGACUCGACCAUUAGGGAUGGGGUGCCCCAUUUUCCGAGGAGCCUGAACGACUGGAAGGCAAGGGGCUUGGGAAAGGGUCUGAAGUGGACGUUCCUACGUGAUCUUGAGAAUUAUUGGAGAUCGGAAGGACUUUACUAG